AUUAAUUUCUGCAACCAUGAGGAUCGACGACUUCUUCAACGGCAGCAAGGUGAAGAAGUCUACGACGAAUAAAGCCGUACAAUCGCCGGUGAAAAAGAGCGCAAAACACACUCAAGACACUGACGAGCCUUUGAAGUCUUCAAAGAAGCAAAAGACUGACACAGGGAAUUCCAGCAAAUUCAAUUCUGGAUCCAAAAAAAUGUCCAAUGUCAUUAGUUUGGACUCAGACGAUGACGAAGACUUCGAUAUGAAGGAUGAUGGAGAUGAAGACGAUGACGAGUUCAACGACGACGACAUUUUCGGAGAUGAAGAUGAUGAUGCUUUCCUCGACGAUAUUGAGGAAAUCAAACCUCCACACACAUCUAGAGUGUCUCCCAGAAAGGCUGCC